CGCUUCUUCGGAAACUCGUCAAUUUGACUCUCAAUUUUCCCAUCCAAUCUGUCGAGAAGCACUCAUUGGAAGCAAUGACCGCAAACGUCGCUUUCCGCAAGUCGUUGCAGCGGGCGGCCACGGGGCGAAUCGGCUGUAGCCAUGGGAAUAGCUUCGGUGUCACCGAUGACCGCACGCCGCUUAUCGGCCGUCCCAAUGGCGGAACUGACUACAGUCAGCAGCAGCAGGGCUUCCUGAGGAAGGUCCUGGGCGCGAGCGACACCCCCGGACUCGAUAGCUCGAACGUCGCCGUGAGGUGCUUGGCUUGGUCCUGGCAUAUGACCAAAGCGACCCUAUACAGCAAUUAUGUCAAUGUCCUCCUUGUCUUUGUGCCCCUGGGCCUCGUGGCCGGUGCGGCGGGCUGGAGUCCCGCCAGUAUCUUCGCCCUCAACUUCAUCGCCAUCAUCCCCCUGGCGGCCGUAUUAUCGUUUGCUACCGAGCAACUCUCUGCGCGGUUGGGGGAGGCCUUGGGGGGCCUGCUCAAUGCCACAUUUGGUAAUGCCGUCGAGCUUAUUGUUUCCAUCGUAGCCCUUAGGAACGGCCAGAUACAAGUCGUUCAGUCAUCUCUUCUGGGCUCCAUCAUCUCCAACCUCUUGCUCGUCAUGGGAUUCUGCUUCUUGCUGGGUGGCAUCGUUCACAUGAAGGACUGCCAUGGAAACGGCACCGAGCAGUGCUUCGCCUUGACAACCGGUCAGGUCACGAGCACUCUAAUGACCCUCUCAUCUGCCUCUAUGAUCAUCCCCACCGCCCUGUAUCUCGCCCUCGAUGGCAUGGACGAAGAGGAUAAGCUGGCAAGUGUACUUCAGCUUUCCCGGGGGACCUCAAUCGUCCUCCUCGUCCUCUACCUCGCCUACAUGUGGUUUCAGCUAGAGACGCACAAGAAUCUCUUCAUCUGUCCCGUGGCUGCUGCUGCUUCAUCCCCUGCCGGCCCAAAUGGCGUCGCAGCCCACGAGGAAGAACAAGACGAGGAAGAGGAGGCGAUCAUGUCCCCUUGGGCUGCCGGUGCCAUCUUGGUCAUCACCACUCUUCUCGUCUCCUUUUGCGCCAACUACCUCGUGGAGAGCAUAGAUCCGCUCGUCGAGGACUUUAACAUCACAAAGACCUUUAUCGGGUUCAUCCUCAUUCCCAUUGUGGGCAAUGCUGCCGAGCAUGCGACGGCCUGUGUGGUAGCCGUAAAGGAUAAGAUGGACCUGGCUAUUGGCGUAGCCAUGGGCUCCAGUGUGCAGAUUGCGCUGUUGGUUACUCCUUUCCUGGUUCUCGUUGGGUGGGCCAUGGAUCAGCCGAUGAGUCUACGCUUCCAAACAUUCGAGGUGAUCGUCUUUGCGCUUUCUGUGCUGGUCGUCUCAUACACUGUCCGAGACGGCAAAACGAACUAUCUAGAGGGCGCCAUGCUUCUCGGCCUCUAUAUCAUCCUCGCCAUCGCGGCAGCAUCCAUGACCAACUAGUAGCCACCAGGCGAGUCACUCCUUACUCCGAGAGAGAG